AUGUUAGCACAAGAGGAUGAAUAUGGCACAGAAAGGGCCAUUUAUUAUUUAAGUCGAGUACUUAAAGAUGUUGAAACAAGAUACCAUCCUAGUGAAAAACUUUGUUUGUGUUUAUUCUUCUCAUGUACAAAACUCAAGCAUUAUAUAAAGCCUUUUGACGUUUAUGUGUAUUCCCAUUUUGAUAUCAUUAAACAUAUGUUGUCGAAGCCAAUUUUACAUAGCCGAGUCGGGAAAUGGGCCUUGGCAUUGACAGAGUAUUCACUAAUAUAUCAAUCAUUAAAAGCUGUCACAGGCCAGAUUGUGGCUGAUUUCAUUGUAGACCAUUCAAUAAGCGAGGUUUUGACAACCGAAAUAGACAACCAUCCAUGGAAUUUAUAUUUCGAUGGUUCUAGUCAUAAAAAUGGUACUGGCAUAGGGAUAGUUCUAAUAUCGCCCAAACACCAUAAAUUCGAACACAUGUUUCGAAUCAGUCAAUUUUGCUCUAACAACGAGGCCGAGUACGAGGCCUUAAUUACAGGUCUAGAGAUUGCACUCGAACUGGGGGCAAGAUGCAUCGAAAUCAGAGGAGAUUAUGAACUUGUCCUCAAACAGAUGACUAGAGAAUAUAGGUGCGUUAAAGAAAGUUUGGUCACCUAUCAUGCAAUAGCUAGCAGAUUGCUAAAACAGUUUCGCCAUGUGGGCAUUCGGCACGUACCUCGCAUGGAGAACCAAAACGCAAAUGACUUAGCACAGAGGGCCUCUGGGUACAAAGUCUCCAAGGAACGGACGCAAGAGCCAAUAGAGAUUAGAAACAGGCGAAACUCGAUAGAAUGUUUUCCUGGCAAAUCGUUAACGCCAAAACUUGGGGGGACCAGAGCAAGUCAAGAUUCCAUAAAAGGUACGGACUCUGUCGAAAUUUUUGUCAUUAACGAUUUAAAUGAAAACGAUUGGCGUAAGCCCAUAGUAGAUUAUCUGGAAAAUCCAAAUGGAGCCACCCCUCGAAAAGUGAAAUACAGAGCUUUAAGCUAUGUGAUAAUGGGUAGUGAGCUAUUCAAAAAGACUUCAGAAGGAGUUUUGUUGAAAUGCCUGGGAGAGACAGACGCGUAUUUGGCUGUUUCCAAUACUCAUGAUGGAACAUGCGGGACACACCAAGCAGGCCACAAAAUGAAAUGGCUUUUAUUUCGACAAGGUUUGUAUUGGCCAACUAUGCUCAAAGACUGCAUAGAAUUUGCAAAAGGAUGCCAAGGGUGCCAAAAGUAUGCUGGAAUUCAACGCGUCCCAGCAAGUGAACUCCACGCAAUAAUCAAACCGUGGCCAUUUAGAGGAUGGGCUUUAGAUGUAAUAGGGGAGAUUAAACCUACUUCAUCGAGAGGAUACAGAUAUAUCUUAGUAGGAAUAGAUUAUUUUACGAAAUGGAUAGAAGCAAUUCCCUUAAAAGAUGUUACUCAAGAGGAAGUCAUAAGCUUUAUCCAAAAGUUCAUCAUUUAUAGGUUUGGUAUCCCAGAAACCAUAACCACAGACCAUGGAUCCGUAUUUACUGGUCGAAAGAUGGUGAAAUUCGCCGAAGAUACAGCAAAGCCCAAAAAUUGGCCUGAAAUAUUAGGCGAAGCUUUAUGGGCAUGUCGAACGUCUCCCAAAGAAUCGAUAAACACUACACCUUUUAGGUUAACAUUUGGUCAUGAUGCUGUACUACCAGUAGAAAUUCUGCUGCAGUCAGUCAGAAUUCAAAGGCAAUGCGAAAUACCAGUUAAUCAUUAUUGGGACAUGGUCAUAGACGAAUGGACCGAUCUCAAUGAAGAAAGAUUAACAGCAUUAGAAGUCCUUGCGAGACAAAAAGAAAAGGUAGCAAAAGCAUAUAAUAAAAAGGUAAAAUCGAAGUUUUUUGCCCAAGGUGAUUUGGUAUGGAAAGUGAUCUUACCAAUGGACAAAAAAGAUAGAGCUUUCGGAAAAUGGUCACCCGGAUGGGAAGGACCAUGGCAAAUAUUAAGGGUCUUUUCGAAUAAUGCUUAUGAGAUCGAGGAAUUGAACGACGAUCGAAGGAUUCUACGAAUAAAUGGAAAGUACUUGAAAAGGUAUAAACCAACGUUGCAGGAAAUUAGAAUCAUACAAGAGUAA